CUAUUAUUCAACUCUCUAAAAGAAGUCCACAUUUUCUUUCUUUUUUUGCUGCUUCGGUACCGAUAUGUCAAACUUAAACACAGCAGAUUCUAUACGAAGGGUGACUGGCUAUGAAGUCCAUGAUGCUUGGUUGCUUGAAGCUCGAUGUUUCCCAAGUGAUGAAACGGCAUCUAAAGAAACACUGGAAUACAGACAAAGAGAAGCCCCUGAGCUAUUCUGGGUUUAUUUUAAGGACAGUUGCUUAAUUGGGUUGAUUUGUUGCACACAGGCACCGGACAAGUUAACGCAUGAGUCUAUGUACAAACAUACACCAGAGGGGAAAACAGUCUGCGUGCAUUCGGUGGCCGUGGAUCAAGAACAUCAGAGACAGGGUAUAGCUACAUCCCUACUGAAGCAUUUGCUCCAGCAUGUUCAAGAAAAUUUUGACAAGGUGACCAAAGUAUCUCUUCUGUGCCACGACAAACUCAAGUUGCUUUAUGAAAAAGUUGGAUUCCAGUGCCGAGGCCUUUCUGAAGUUGUUCAUGGUCCUAGGCCGUGGUUUGAUAUGGAAUAUUCCAUUUCACACUGAGGGGACAGUCAUUGAGUAAGAGAAAUUUUCAGCUAGCUCCGU